CAAUAAACAUUGAAAAAACUGAAUACGAUAGCAAUCCAGCUAUCUAUUGGAAUUUAAUAUUUGACAUGCCAAAAAUUUCGAAACUUGGAAAUGGUAAGGAAUUCGAUUUUGCUGUGACAACCGAUAGUGUGGCAGUUUCGUUAUGUUUCGUGAAGCCUGAACGCAAUACACCAGAACUUGAUAACAACACCAUCAAAGAGAAGUACAAUAAUUUUGAGUUUGAUUAUGUGCUUGGAAUCGAUCCAGGAACGCCACCGUUCGCAAACACGUUCGAUCCGGCAACGAGGAAAACAUCACAAUUGAUGGUCCAAAAUACCAUUUCAAAGCGAAAUAUGGCAAACGCAAGCGUAAAUCCGAUCAAUGGACUGAAUUGUUGCAAAAACAACGGGAGCUCGACUAUAAACGCUAUGCAUUUUUUCCAUCGCCGAAAGGACGUUCACAUUGGAUGUGUUACAUCGCUUAUUAUGUGAAAAUGAUGAAACCAGCUAUGGCGGUGUACACAACAAGAAAGUUUAUUCGACUCCGUCUUGAUAAAUACAUCGAAGAGAAUCGGGCCAGUGACAAAAUCGCGGCAUCACUGACGAAAAAAAAGUCGGCGCUCGUUUUUAUUGGUGCAGCUCAAAUAGCUUCAAACUCACCAAUUGGUAUUAAAAAGCGAUUGCGAUGCCCGGUAUUACGACGACUAUUGAACAGUUUCAAGAAGUUGAGAAAUUGUAUUGUACGAUUGGUCGACGAAUACAAUACAUCGCAAACUUGUGCAAAAUGUUUCCGGCCAUUCGAUCGACGAACCAAAAGCGAUCGAUACAAAGUUUGUCAGCAUUGUAUUCCAAGUGAAGAUGAGUCAUCGCAAUGGAAUUUACCGAACGUGAUUAUCACCAUGAAAAGCAACCGAGUGUACCAACAAUUGCGUAAAUAUGCAGUUGAUUUUGUUAAUCGAUUGAAUGCAGCCAACCCAGAUCAUAUUCCAAUGGAUUCAGAUGGUUUAGUGUCAAAACUUCAAGUAUGUUUCAAAAACUGGCAACUAAACACUGGCAUUUGGAAAGAUGAUCGAGCUCCAUUUCAAUUGAAAACUGUUUGGCACCGGGAUAUCGUUGCAGCCAAGAACAUCAUGUACAAAGGUCUUUGUACGGUGUUGGGAUUGGACAUUCAUCCGCAACUAUUGAGACCACAGAAUCAAAAUGCUGCCGUACAAAAUCAAGCAGCUGACGAUGAGGAUUCCAGUGACGAUGAGGACUACGUUUAUUUUCUCGAUGUUUCCGAUGACGACCAGUUUUAAUUACAUGUAGCAUUAAGAUUUCUUUUUAAAUA